AAAGCGACUCAUCCGAGGAGACGCUCGCGGAAGUCCGAGGAAAAUAUGGCGGCCGUCGCGUCCGUAUUUGGGUUUAAGCAUCGCGUUGGAGGCCCUGUGCCGUCCCGUGCAGCGCAGCGCGCCUCCCGCAUCUCUCGGGGGCGGGUCCACCAGCCCCUGAGGGUCGUCGCGCGUGGCCUCGAGGGUCGGCCGUGGGUCGAACUGAAGGACGGCGUGCCCACGUCGGGCCCAGAUCUCUCCGUCACCGUGAACGGGCUCAAGUUCCCCAACCCCUUCGUCAUUGGCAGCGGUCCCCCGGGCACUAACUACACGGUGAUGAAGAAAGCCUUCGACGAGGGCUGGGGCGGGGUCAUCGCCAAGACGGUCUCCCUCAACGCCGACCUGGUCAAGAACGUCACCCCAAGGUACGCCAAGAUGAAGUCAGAGGAUGGCGCAGAGGUCCUGGGGUGGCAGAACAUCGAGCUCAUCUCCGAUAGAUCGUUCGAGGUCAUGCUCGCCGAGUUCAAGCAGCUCAAGGAGGAGUACCCAGACCGCAUCCUUAUCGCGUCCAUCAUGGACGAGUACAAGAAGGAGAACUGGGUCGAGGUAGUCAGACGCUGCGAGGAGGUUGGCGUGGACGCUUUUGAGAUCAACUUCUCGUGCCCGCACGGCAUGCCCGAGCGAAAGAUGGGCGCUGCGAUGGGCCAGGACUGCACCGUGCUUGAUGAGGUGUGCGGAUGGGUCAAGGAGGUCGCCACAGUGCCGGUUUGGGCAAAAAUGACACCUAACAUAACUGAUAUCACCGAGCCUGCGAAUGUCUGCCUCGAGAAGGGUAUGGAUGGAAUUGCCGCCAUCAACACCAUCAUGUCCAUCAUGGGGGUCAACCUCGACACCCUCGCCCCGGAGCCGUGCGUCGAAGGUCACAGCACCCCGGGCGGGUACUCGUACAAGGCCGUCCGUCCCAUCGCUCUGGCCAAGUGCAUGGCCAUUGCCCAGAUGAUCAAGAAGGAAUUUCCCGAUCGAACCCUAAGUGGCAUCGGUGGCAUUGACACCGGCGGCCACGCGGCCGAGUUUAUACUCCUCGGAUCCGACACCGUGCAGGUAUGCACCGGGGUUAUGAUACACGGCUACCCACUGGUGCAGAACCUGUGCGCUGAGCUGCAGGAGUUCAUGGGUAAGCACGGAUUCGAGUCGAUCGCCGAAUUCAAGGGCAUGUCCUUGGAGUACUUCACUACCCACACGGACCUGGUGGCGAGGCAGAAGGAGGCCAUCGAGAAGAAGAAAAAAGCUAAGGUUGGCAUCGAAUCCGACGACAAGUGGACGGGCGAAGGGUUCGUCGCCGAAACUGAGAGUAUGGUCAGCAACGUCUGACGACGCCACCUCACCUGUACAACGACAUAUAGUCCCCCUCUGUAAUUGAAUUUUUUUUCAU